AUGGCCGAGGCUAGAACUGAGGUUAGGGUUGUGGCUCGGGCAGAAGUUAGAGCUGAAGCCAGAACUGAGGCUAGAGCUGAGGCUAAAUCUGAAGCUAAUGGUGCGGCUAGGUCUGAGGCUAGAGCUCAAGCUAGAGCUAAAGCUAGGUCUGAGGCUAAUGCUCAAGCUAGAGCUAAAGCUAGGUCUGAGGCUAGAGCUGAGGCGAGAGCUGAGACUAAAGCUUAG